CAUCCGAAUUAAAGAAUUAAAAAAACAUAAACCUAGGGCUUUGCUAGCUAAGCCUCAGUCUUUGAAUUUACAUUUAGUCGAAUUAUAAAUGUCACGUGACACGGUCAUUGACCAUUUCUAAUCCAUUUGCGAUCGAAGGCAUUUAUUAUUGUUUUCAUCAGUGUAAUUUUACAUUUGAUUUCCAAACAACUGACUGAGAAAAGUUCUAGGCACUUCGUGUAUAAAAUGGCAUCAUAUGAAGAUUUUGAUUCUGACACUGAUGAUGAAUUUCUGAAAGAUGUUGUUGCUGUUUCUUUACCUGGGAACCAAGAAUUACCUCUGAGUAUUGAGAAGAACAUGUGUCUGAGUAUUGACUCAGUUGGGCUGGAUAAGCCAGAUGAGAAAACUGAAGUGAUUCAUGGACAAAAUCACAUUGGUGCUGUGAAAAAUUUUAGAGAUGUAUCUUUCAGUUCUGAUAACUUUCUCACUGAUCCGUGUAGAGGACAUCAAUGUUCAAUGAUUCAAGAAGCAUGGAUUUCUGGUGGAAUGGGAGGUCAACAGGUGAAGCAACUUACUCACAAACUCUUCAGUUCAAGCCAAAAUCCUCAUCUUUCAGCUGUUUAUCUCAUGUAUCACAGCUAUGAUUUCUUUAAGAACAAAACAAAUUCCUUGGCUGCAUUUGUUGUGGACCAGUUUGAAGUUUGGUUGGAAGAGUUUCUUAAAGCAAACGGAUACUACCCUGCAGUAGAUCAGCAAACAACAAGAGAAGCUAUGGUGGCAGUUUCUAGGCAGAGAAAUGGAAAGAUCUUAAAGAAGAUUGUCACUCUGUACCAUGGGGUUCAUUACAAAGCACAUUUAAUUGAAGUUGUAAAUGAAUUGAUUGGUUAUCAAGAGUUUGCAUCAGCAUGUAGAUUGGCUGUUGCACUUGAACUGUUCAGCCAGUUUGAAAAAGAGGAUUUUGUGCUUCCUUUGAUUGUCCAAGAUAAACUGCCUUUAGCCGAAGAAUAUUUGAGAAAAAAUCGUUCUAUGCAACAAGAUGUGGUGUCAUUCUUAGACAAACAUAUAAAACAACCAUGCGAAAUGCUUCGUUUGAUUUCUGAAAGGAAGUCGAUUCCAGAUGUGAACUACGAAAAAAUGAACUCCAAAAACGUUGCUAAUAUGGUCACUCGUCUGGCAAAACGUUUUGAAUUAGACGAGGAGACACAUCCAGAAACCAUCCUGAGACAGAAAGUAGGAUCCCUUCGCUACUUGAUCCAUAAAAAAUACAAUGAAAGAUCAAUCGAUAACGAAAACUGGGAAGAACUUGUUGAAGUUGCAGUGGCAAACUCUUUGGAUCUCCAAGUAGAACUGAUUCAGCAGCUUCACUGUAUUGACGAAGAAGCUGCUUCGAAAUAUGCUGAAAUCUAUGCUAUUCCAGAAGAAAGACUUCCAUACAACUUUUCUCCUUAUGUUAAGUCAGAUAGCAGUAGUCAAGCAGAAACUGAAACGAAUGAAAUCGCGUGUGAUAUUCAAGACAAAUUCAACACGGAAUUCUACUCGCUAACUAUGCCAUUUGAAAAUAUUCAUUGGAUCUGCUCUUGGGAAGGUGUACACGAAUUCCUCGGCAUUGUUUCAAAAUCAACUGUGGUCGGUGUCGAUAUUGAGUGGCCACCAUUUGGAACUCUCGCAAAAGCAACGGUUCUUCAAAUCGCUACACACGAUAAAAUUUUUCUUUUGGACAUUUUCUCUUUGCUAGAAGAUAAAAGUUGUUCAGUAAUUAACAGUCAACAAUUAAUUGGUGAUUUAUUCGGCAAUCGACACAUCCUAAAACUAGGAUAUGGCUUGAAAGAAGAUCUUCACGUUCUUUCUCGAUCUUUGCCUGGGAUAGGUGAUGUAUCUAAAUCUAUCGUUAAUUGGAUAGAUAUUAAAAAUUUGUGGUCAAACAUUGAAACGAAAUAUCCAUCAUUCCUCCCUCCUGCAGUAUUGAAUGAUGAAGGAGAUACCUGCAGUCAAGAAACUCAUAAAGGAUUAAGUGGAUUAGUCAAGCUGUUACUAGGACUUCCGUUGGAUAAAAAGGAGCAGUUUUCGGAUUGGCAAAAAAGGCCUCUUCGAACGUCACAACUUAUUUAUGCUGCUCUUGAUGCCUUCUGCUUAUUGGAAGUAUACGAUUAUCUUCAAAAACGCUCACAAUUUCUUGAAAUUGACUGGAGGAGUGUACUGGAAAAGCUUGGUACUGUUCAUCAUUCAUUUGAAUUAAAACAAACUCAUAACGUUUAACACAUGUAAAGAGUUUCACUUCAUUGAAAUGUACUAGUCUUAAUUGUUUCUUCCACACACGUACACAAUAAAAAUGUAUUUUCAUAA